AUGUGUAAUCAUAAAACAGUGAAAGUUUUUCCGGCUCCUGCUCCCAAGGUUAAAAAAACUAAAAAUCCCGCAGCUUAUUAUCAAUGUUUACUUAAUGCAAUCCAACAAGGAUUAGCGGGCCGUCCGAUAACCGAACUUUGUCGUAAUUGUAAGAUAAAUAGUGUUGGUUUGGCUCAAAGCCGUAAUCAGCAAAUAAGUAAUCUAUUGAAUGCUUAUCGGCAAAUUGGCGAGGCUUUGAGAAAGUUUACGGGAUUAUGUAAAAAUGCCAUUGGAAACCAAGGCACGGGAAUUACAGGAGCAAUUAACGAAAAAUUUGGACUUGACCUGAAAAUAAUCAUGACUAAGGAAAAAUUGCAACAGGAAAUUAAAGAAAAAGUAAAAGGAGGAGUAAAACCCAGUGAUAUCAAGCGGUUAAAAAGAAGCAAAAGCACUGGUGAUAUUUCAGUUAAUCCCGAAUUAACCACCUUAAAAGCCGAAAAUGAGGAAUUGAAAAAGAAAAUUCAGGAGUUAGAAACACGAAAUAUUGAAAAUAUUAGUGUUGUCGGAGACCAGAAUAAGGAAAUUUUUGUAGAUGCGGCCGAGGAAAGCCCUGCGGAAUUAAAAGUCAAAAUUAGUGAGUUGGAAACGAAGUUGUCAGAGACCCAAACGGAAUUAGAUAAAGCCAACGAGGCACGUCUUAACGCCCUUAAAGACUUUGAUAAGCAACAGGAAAAAAUAAAGAAAUUGGAGCAAGAAUUAGAGUCUACCAGCAAAUAUGGCUCCGAGCAAAUUGUUAAAUUAGAAAAGAUUAAUCGGGAUUUAAGAAAAGAAAAAGGAUUGUUAUCCGAACAAUUAAAAUUGACCGAGCAAGAUUUAUCCAAUUAUCAAAGAAUAAAUGAAUUGCGGUUGGGAAAAAAAAGAACCGCCAAGACAACCGCAUCAGCAAGCACGCAAACUGAUUUAAAGGAUAAGCAAAUCAUCAAUCUUAUUCAACAAUGGGAGCAGUGGAAUUUAGGGAUGUUGAAAAGCAAAUUAGCCUCUAAUAAACCCGGUCCGCAAUUGGAAAAAAAAUUACUAAAUAAAGAAUUUGCUACUCUGAAACAGAAAAUUAAUGCUAAAUUACAGCAAAAAGAACAGGCCCUAACAGAAAGCAAUAAUCGCUGCCAAGAAAGCAAUCGCCAGUUAGAAACCGCCUUAAAAGAGAAUAGAGAAAAUGAAAAAGUAUUGGAGCAAUUAAUUAAAGAGAUGAAGGA